AUGGCUGAGUCUGAAAAUCACUUCACGCCCAGUUCCGGCAACACCAGCGACUCCUCAACUCCCGUCACAGGCAUACAGCAGAGCCAGAGAGUCCUUACAAAAGAACAAAAGCAACGCAGUAAGGUCAAAUUCUCGGAUCUGGCCGAUGAGGAGGAACAGGAUGGACUACGAGAGACCUUCGCCGAGCCGGGCGGGCGAGCAGAUGUCCCGGAAAUCCGAUUGUCUGAGUCGGAAGACGUUGCGGACUUGAGCCUGACAGCUUCUAGUUGGGCAGGGAGAACAGGUGCCGCAGCUGCUGAAGCCCAAGACCGGGCAAGCCGGCUGCACAACAGGCUGAGCGACGCCCUUCUCCCUCAAAAGCAACAUGCCGGAUCCAAGGUACCCCACAUCAUAACUCCUCAGACACUCAUUUCACCCAACUCAUCUCCUCCCACAAAGCCUGUUAGUGACUGGCCAGUCAAACUAGACGAGAUCCCUCUCGAAUCGCUCGGGAAAGACAAACGCCCCUACAUGAUCCUAGAGGACUCCACUGAUGACGACGAUAGCGACGAAGACGACCCCAAAACUUUGAAGCCAGGCAGAGAGAACUACCAUGAAGCAAAACAACUUCUCCGAACCAUCACCGGCCGCGACCAAAGUACAUGGCGUCGUCCACCCAGGUCAGGGACGGAGACACCGGCUGUGGAUAAGCAGCUUCAUGACAUGGACUAUGUUCCACCUCCAGUCGAUUACCGUCCUAGUCCUAUUGCUCUGAUACAUAAGCUCACAGCCCUGAAGCAUAGCGGCUAUACUGGGCCGGCCUACCGUGACGAUCCUGGCUCGCCUCCAUCCGGCAAGCAUUCUCCGAGGGGCUACCAUUCUAGAGACCAUUCUCGAAAUGGUUCCGACAUCCAUGAAUAUUCAAUAACCUCGUCGGGAAGGGUAACUCCCAAGCGACCAAAAUGGUAUGACAAGGGCGAAUCUGAGCAUCAGUCCAGCGGAUCACUGGGUACCUUACUCGCAACGACGGUCGCUUCCGCUUCAACAGCCACUCCUGAAGCAAGGAAUCAUGUCCCGCGACCUGGGUAUCACCGAGAAAGAUCCUCCCAAGGCAUGAUUGCCACUGCGGUAGAUAUGAUCAAGCAUCCCACCAAUUAUUUCCAUCCCAAAUCAUCGAGCUCUACACUGGCGGAUGAAGAGCGAGUUGUUCUAGAUGUGGCUGAGAUCAUUGCCUGUCGAAAGUACUUGAAGAAACUGGCCCGAAGCUUGAUGGCAGUGGGAGCGCCAUCACACCGGUUGGAACAAUAUAUGAACACUUCGGCACGUGCUCUCAGCAUCGACGCCGAGUUUCUCUAUCUGCCAGGCUCCAUGCUCGUGUCCAUCAACGACAAGCUUACCAUGAGUACCGAAGUCACGCUUGUCAGGGAAUCCGGCGGCGUUGACUUGGGUAAGUUCAAAGACGUCUUCGACGUGUACAAGCUAGUUAUCCAUGGCAAGUACACAGCUGAAGAAGGGACCCGCGAUCUCGGUGAGAUCAUGCAGAAGAGCGGGAGGCAUUCGCUGGCACUGCGAAUCGUUGCAUACGGCAUUGCUGCCAUCUCGGUCGGGCCUUUUGCGUUCUCAGCGCGGCCUGUCGACUUUGCCCCUAACUUCAUCCUAGGAGCUACACUGGGAUUUCUGCAGCUCGUUGUUGUCACCAAAUCGGAACAGUUUUCACAUGUGUUCGAAGUGCUUGCCGCCGUCCUCAUCGCCUUUGUCUCUCGAGGCCUGGGCUCUAUCUAUCACGACGGCUCUCCGAUAUUUUGUUUUUCAGCGAUUGCGCAGAGCAGCAUAGCACUCAUCCUGCCUGGCUACACGGUGCUUUGCGCGGCGUUGGAGCUACAGAGCAAAAGUCUUGUUUCAGGAUCUGUGAGGAUGGUGUAUGCUAUCAUCUAUUCUCUGUUCCUCGGUUUUGGUAUCUUAGUCGGUGAUGUGGUGAUGGGUCUCAUCUAUCCACAAGCCCAAAGCGAUGUGACGUGCCGCAUCCCGACUUGGUGGAACGAUUCCAAUCACGGACCGAGGCUUAUAUAUGCCAGAUUUGUAUGGGUGCCGAUCUUCGCGACAUGCCUGGCGAUCAUCAAUCAGGCCAAAUGGAAACAGAUACCGGUCAUGACGGGGAUCGCCUUUAUCGGCUACCAGUCAAAUUUUUGGGUUUCUACGAAGCUCGCGAACAAUAUACAGGUCGCCAACGGAAUCGGUGCUUUCGCUGUUGGCACGUUGGCAAACCUCUACUCCCGCUUCUUCCACGGGUUGGCGGCCGCCGCUAUGUUGCCGGCGAUAUUUGUCCAGGUGCCAAGUGGAUUGGCAGCAAGCGGCAGUCUCGUGGCGGGCAUCACGAGCGCCAAUCAGAUCACAGGUAACGCGACAGGUGUCAGUGUCAUUAACAAUGGCACGGCCGGGUUUCUGGAUGCCCAAAACUCCACAAUGAACGCAGAUGUCUACAGUGGAACGAUAUUUAAUGUGGGCUAUGGCAUGGUGCAGGUGGCAAUUGGGAUCAGUGUUGGAUUGUAUUUGAGCGCUUUGGUUGUUUACCCUUUCGGAAAGAGGAGGAGCGGCUUAUUCAGUCUAUGA